AAAGAUGCACCUCAGUCUUAGCAGUCUCGUGCUUCUGGCCACUGUAGCCCUUGGCCAAACUGUCUGUCCAGCAUCCUCCAUCUUUAGAGUGAAGUCAAUCCUCAAGAACUCUACCCACUCCAAUACCACAAGCUCUUUUGGCUACGUCAAGUCAUUAGGCUGGUAUUCCGCUCGCUAUCACGCCAUCUUCGACCCUUCAGAAGAUUGGACCAUAGCAAGAGCCUAUACCACCGAUAUCUUCAACCACACUGCCUCAUAUCUUGAGUUUGCAGAUGCAAACUACGAGCACUCGAGAGGAUUCACGCUAAAUCCGUUGACUCAAUCUACACCUACUGAUUUUGCAGAAAUCAAUGGUGCAGAUGGUCCUGGUAUUGUGCCCGGAACUCAGGGGGUGUACUAUGAUGAGGCUGGGAAAAUCCAAUACAAUGGGUUUGAUGGGCAAAAUCUCGGAUACAGACUGUCUAACGAGACUAUACCAAAAGGCUGCUUCGAUGUUGAUCUUGUCAUCGAGUAUAUGGUUGGCUGGAACACACCUACGGGCUUACCACCUAAAUGCUGGGAUCACGCU